GGACUGUGGCUGACCAUGGCUUUGGCUUGUCUGGGUCUAGGCUGUGUCCCUGUGCGAUCUAAAGCGGUGUCAAAUCUGGACGUAGAGAGUAAGCUAUCAGUUCACUAUCAGGCUCCAUGGCACCAGCAACACAACGUGUUUCACCCCUGUACUCGACCACCAUGUGUGGAGGAGCUGCACCGACAUGCCCAGCUCAGUCUCAGGGCCCUGCACCGAGACGAACAGCAGCGCCAGCGGUCCACCAGUCGGGAGCGGAACAGGGUGACCAUCUCUAUCUCAGUGGCGCCCCCUAUGCCCACCUUCCCCUCACCGCACACCAUCCGACGGCAACAGAGGAGUCGCUUGGCACGAGCGCAAGAGAGAGCAGAGAGAGAGCGAGAGUUAGACUAUCAACCCAGGAAGGAGAGGACCAUGAGAGAAACGGAAAUCCAAACCAUGCAGAGAAAAGAGAGACCAGGAAGAGAAGCAGACAUUCAGACCAUCCAAAGAAAGGCUACCUCGACGGGGGAAGGUGAAGGAGGUGAGGUCUUAGGAGGCCACAGAGCCAAGGCCCCCGCCCCUAAUGCCCCCUCCACCACGGACAAGCAGACAAACUGGUCCAAGGAGCGUGUUCCAGCAUCAGAUCAAAGAGCAACGGCAGACUCUCAUGCCAUCUCCUCCUGCAUCAUCCCAAUCAAUGUCACGGGUGUUGGUUUUGACAGGGAAGCAAGUGCUCGUUGCUCUCUUGUCCAUUCCCAGUCGGUUCUCCAGAGGAGAAGGAAACUGAGAAGGAGGAAGACUAUCACUGGUAUUCCCAAGCGAGUCCAACAAGACAUGGACUCAGAUGAGUCACCUGUGGCAAGAGAGCGCACAGUGAUUGUUCAUGCCAACCCCCACCAACUGUCUCUGUGUCAGGAAGAACUCUCACUCAGUGGUCGCCUCCAUCACACUCGCGACUCUGGCUGCCAGACAGAUGAUUUCCUUAUAGCAUGUACAGCUGCUCCCUCCAGAAGGCGCAUCAGAGCUCAGCGUGGCCACCAGGGAAUACCUGCCUCACUCUCACAUUCAACAGGCAACAUUUCGUCUCUGGGUGACCAGUCAGACUCUACAUACACAAGUACCACAGCCAAUGGUGGACGCUUGCGAUCUCGUAGCCUACCACGCGAGGGUGGACGCCUAGUGGACAGUGAUGAGGAUGACGAUGACAAUUAUGAUGAUGAUGAUGAGGACGAGGAGUUAUCACCAUAUGAAGCAGAGGACUUUAUUCCAGCUGGCCCGAGCCCAAGGAUGAUGAUGAUGAUGAUGAAGGAUGAAGAGGAGAGCACUGAUGACCAGGCAGCUCCUGAGCCAUUGCAGCUCGGUAGCCUAAAGAGGUUGCAGCGAUCUGGAGAGAGAGACAGAGGGGGAGGAGGAGGAGGGAGCCCUGAGCAUGGUUGGAUGGAGAGAGGUCGCUCUCGCUUGCCACGCAAGGCUGACAUGGGCAGCUGCGAGAUCUCCUCCAGUUCAGAUACUUUCAGCAGCCCCAUUCACUCUGUAUCUACCACAGGGGUCCUGGGCAGCCAUGUAGACCACAAAGAAGACCACCAAUCAUCCAGCGGGAACUGGAGUGGUUCCAGCUCUACCUGUCCCUCUCAGACCUCUGAAACCAUUCCCCCUCCUUCUUCUCCACCACUAACAGGCUCAUCACACUGUGACUCAGAGCUGUCACUCAACACUGUGCCCAAUGCCAUUGAUGAGGGAUUUACCCUGGACCCGUCCUACCACUCUGACCUCAGACCCCAAGGCCAGGGUCAUAGGUCAAGCUCCUUCACAUCCUCGGCUACAGACCAGCUAGAUGAUGCAGGAGUUAGUACAGCCAGUGAGGGAGAGUGGGCUUACCCCGCAGACCAAGAUCAGACUGAUCCAGACCAAGACCCCGACCAGACACAGAGCCAGAGUCAGAGCCAUGGCUUAGCCCAGGACUACAGCCCCAAACAAAGUGUAGAAGACCAAACAUGCUUCACUGACAACAAGACCAGCAACACUGAUAAAGAGCCUGGCUCGCAUUACCCAUCUGACACAGAGGGCUUCUACUCCUCUUCUGUACAUUUUGGGGAAUGCAAUCAGAGUUACAGAGGAUACAUGCACAACUAUGCAGACCCAGGGCCUGACUGUGGCCAAUCCAACACUGUGGAAGCACCACUAGCUCAUGGAGUUUACAUCCAGCCCCAGGCUGAAUUUAGAGCAGGCACUAUGACCCUGGGGAGGCCCUGCCGUCCGCUGAGGAAACCAAAAGUCAAACCUCCGCCACCCAAACGGAGCUCAUCGCUGAAGGAGACCAGUAGUAGUGUAGAUGUAGGAACAGAUGCGCAGGUAGAUCAGGAUCAACCAAAGACAGUUAGCGAACAAGAACUCACCUUGUCUUCCAGAGAUAUGAAGCUGGAUCUGGAGCUAGAGCUUGAAGGCCCUCCAGAGCCAUUAGAGACAUCUUGCCUAGUGGCAGAGCCUCGGGGAGCCUGGGGAAUAGGCUUGGGAGAACCAGUGGACAUAGUAGAGCCCAUGUCCUUCAGCUCUACAGACACACACUCAUUCAAAGAUGAAGGUGCUGUGCAAUCUGACUAUGCAGACCUUUGGCUUCACAACAAUGAACUGAAGUCCAAUAAUGGUGAGUACACAUCCAUGUCCAACUCAAGCACCGCCACAGGCACCACUGUCAUGGAGUGUAUCAAAUCACCAGACAGCUCCUCCUCCUCCUCAGACACCCAAACCCAAGCCCCUGCCCAGGCCUCAGAGACCAGGCCAGCAAGCCCGCCUCUACCCCCCGGAGAUGGAGAUUUCAAACUGGCCUCACCUGAGAAACUGGCUGGCCUGGCCUCCCCCUCCAGUGGUUAUUCCAGCCAGUCAGAGACACCAACAUCAACCUUCCCCGCAUCUUCAGCAGCAUUCUUCCCAGGACCUCUGUCUCCCACAAGUGGCAAGAGAAAGCCCAAAGUGCCCGAGAGGAAGUCCUCUCUGUCUUCACUGCAGCACUUCCCCAGAGAUGGAGCUUCCAAUUCCUCUACUUAUAAGAGAGACCCAGACUUCCCCCCUCCACCCUCUCAGCUUGAUCUAAAUGUUCUUCAUGGUGCCCAUGCUAGACACACGCUAUCCUACCGCACACACCACAUACACACGUUACACCACAGCAAACACAGAGUUGCAACUGCUAUAGCUGCUGGAGCCAAGUCUUCAGUCCCAGAGGCAUCAAACAUCAACCCUCUGAGCUCUAACCCUAUUCCUUUGAUUCCCAGCUCCAAUCUUUUGGCCAUCACCCCAUCUGCUUUGCGUUCAGUGCAACUACGUUCAGUCAGCCAGUCUACAAACAGUUCUGCCACUACAGACCAGGAAACUGCGAGUGCAACCGAGACUGCUACAAGACCCAAAUGUACUCCUAGUGGUGCUACACUAGCUCCUCCGCCAAUCAAUACCAGGCCCCUCCCUCCUCGCAGACCACCUCCCCAGAGACCUCAAGCUCAGGAUCACACGUCAUCCCCUGAACACUCCCACCCACCUCCUCCUGGCCGCCACCCUGAUGGGCCUCCACCUUAUGAAAGCCUGCGACUCAGACAGGAUCGCUAUGGACCUGGAACCUUCUGGGCUAUGACAGCCUUUAGAACCCGUGUGGAGCCACUGUCAAACCUCCCCGAUGACAGCUCACCCUUGCAUCGGCCUGUGCCCCGUGCUCCGCAUCCAUCACCUGUGGAUCUGCACACACAUAUCCAAUCACACACAGAGUUUAGAGGGCUCACACAUUCAGCUCAUGCUCACCCUGAGCUUAGGGUGCUGGGGGAACGCACAUUCUCUCUGGAUGAUGAUGAUGAUGAAGAUGAGGAGGAAGAGGAAGAAGAGCAAGUCAAAGAGCCACCAAGGGCUGCAUAUUCAAGAGGAGGCCUGCGACCAGACCACCCUCCACCCCCAGCGUAUGAGUUCGCAGGGGGAUCCCACUCAGACUCAGGGCCCUGGGCUAGUCCAGUCAAAGUGCCUGGUACCACAGUGGAGACAUCGCAUCCUUACCUAAUCAGCGAUGCACGAGAAGUAGGACAAGAAGAGGAGGAAGAAGAGGAGGAAGUGACAUCAGGUGCUACCAGAAGUGCCCAUCAGCAACAGCCACAGGAGAGCAAAGAUGACUCCACCACUCCUGAUACUGAAGAUUACUUCAGUAAAGGGAUGUUAUCUGCUGCAGAGUCCACACCCAGUGACAAUUCGCUCUCCCCUCUGAUGGAUGACACCAAAGUGGAUGAUGACAUUAUUUUCACAUCGCCCAAUAAGACGCGGACAACUGAGGAUUUGUUUGCCAUGAUACACAGAUCCAAGAGAAAGGUCCUGGGCCGUAAAGAUUCAGGAGACUUGAACGUGAAGUCUCGUCUGUGCCCUACAGCACCAGUGACACCUGGCAGUGUCUCCACCAACAUUAUCCCACCUGCCCCUCCUCUGAACAUCCCGGCCACCCUGGCCACUGCUGCUGGGUCUCAACGUGCCCCUGUUCCCAUCUACCGCAGCGCCAAGAAGUCCAGCACAUCCAAUGAGGAGUUCAAACUCCUGUUGCUGAAGAAGGGUAGCCGGUCUGACUCCAGCUACCGCAUGUCAGCUACUGAGAUUCUUAAGAGCCCUAUUACUCCCAAGUCCCCUGGGGAUCCCCUCCAGGAGGGGCCCAUUAGGCAAGCUGAGGAGCCCCCGUCCCCUCUUCAAGAGCCCCCAAUCUCUGGCCUGGAGCCAAUCCAGAUUCCAGGCCUCUUUCCCAGAGCCAACUCUGAGAGUUUCACCCCCAAAACUCUCCCCAUGUCAGCUGCCUCACGUCAGGGCCGUUCCCGGAUCCCACCUGUUGCCAACAGCAGUCGCUACAGUACACGUAGCCGCCUCUAUACAGCCCCCAUGCAAGCCAUCUCUGAAGGUGAGACAGAGAAUUCGGAUGGGAGCCCUCAUGAUGACAGAUCAUCCUAAAACCCACCUGAUCAGAGAUGUCCUCUAAAAUUCAAAUGGCCCCUAGCCACUACUACUUUUAUAACCAUGGAUAGGCGUGAUAUGAAGGCAGAUAUCUUAUUACUCAUCAGAGGCUGAGAGACAGUAAAAUAUGACUAUUGCUUAUAUCCCCCAGUGUUUGGAUCUACUAUUCUUUUAGGGUGUUGAACAUGGUGUUGUGAGCUACAGAAUCAUAAAGCGAUGAUUCUGAAACCUUGAGGAAAUACCUAUAUACUGUAUGAUCAAAAGAAUAGCUCUCUGUUAGUUAAGAGAGCAGGACUGAAGACCUAUUUUGAUUGAACUGUCUUUUUUAUAUAUCUCUCAAAUGUUUGGUAAAUAUGACAAGGAAAGAAAUUUUGUGGAGUAUGGACAACCUGCGUGUGCAUGUAGGAGCAAAUGGAACAUCCAUUGAUAUUUCUACUUCUUGUGUUCUGAAUGGUGUGGGUGUGUGUGCAUCAUUGAGAAACUGCUUUGUUACAAAGAGUUUAAUAAUCUCUCAACUUUUGGUGCCCAAAGCAGUAGUCAGACUUCCUAGAGUCCAUCGUCAAUAUUCCUGCAAACAAACAAGGAUUGUUUGGUUGUGGAUGUUGUUACCAUGCAGGGCAAUCUCUGACACACCACCAAGUUAAAUUCUAUAACUCCAUCUGCACACCUGUAUUGGUUUAGAGAGUAUAUUACAUAGAGCCAAUCAUAUAUUUCUUCACGUAAAUUAUAUCCAAAAAGUAACAUGAUGCAUGUAUUUUUGUAAAACAGCACCUCAGAACAGGAUGAUAAAGUUUCACCAUGUUGCAUGAUCCAUUACGGAAAUAUCCCCUGGACCCUGAUUUCUGUCAACAUUUUCGUGGUUAUUUUGGAUUAUAAAAAGAAUGAAUCUUUCACUGUGAAAGGUUUUAAUGACAUCUAUACCACAGAGCCAGUGAUCUCAAUUGAUUUGUUUUGAAUAUCGAGAGCAGGAGCAAAGACUUGUCUCUAGAUGAGGCACAUUUGUCAAAGACACAGGCUAAUUUUGGACAAUCGCACAAGGCCUUUCUCUAGCAGAGAUGGUUGUGAGCAGGGCAGUUAGCCGCCCCCAGAAAUGUAUAUGGACCUGGGCCGUGCUCCAAUAGAUUUCAAUCACAUACUUUUUUCAAACCCAUCCUUGAAAUGAGACACUAAUCUAUUUAAAUUGGUCAAAGCUGCUCCAUCUGCUGACCAACUGUGCCAUACUGACUUUUUAGGGGAAUAUGUGCAUUUCAAGUCAGUUUUUUCACCAUACUAUUGAGCGAAUACAGCAACAAUGCUUUAGAAGGUCCUCAAUCAGUUUGACUGGAGGUUAAUUUGGAACGGUUUCCAAAAACCAACUUCUCUUUUGCACUUCAUCGUGAUUCUUCAAGAAUAUUCCUUGAAAAGAAAAUAUAUCUUAUAAUGAAAUUGCAUAUGUAUAUUUGUACUGAAUAUAUAGUCAUAUCUAUAUAAUAAAGUGACAAGCAGAAGUUUUAUAGGGAAUCAAACCCAUGAGUGUAGCAAAGAACAGGUCUCACUGAUGACGUUACAUGUGAAUCUCAAAUACAGUCUACACUGUUCUCCUCUCCUUGUUGCCUCUCCUUCAUUUGCACUGACCCAGUAGCAUUAGACAGGUGAAAGCUCAACCCAGCGGCUGGUGUAAACCAUUUGCUUUACCCUCCUAACUUCAUAUCAUACAACCUGAAAGAGAGGAGGCAAGAGGAGGAAAGGACUGGAUACCACCAAUAUUUAAACAUAAGCAAUGCAUCCAUUGUUGCAGCCCUUUCUAUCUUAUACUAGAGUACGGGGUAUCGCUUUUCUCAUCCUUCCAGUAAAUGUCAUGUGUGUAGAAUAUCCAGCGGUGGCAAAUUGUCAUCAAAGGAAAGUAUGAACUCUCACCUGCCUAGCAAAGUAACCACAGCACAUACACAUCUUGCAUUCAGAGACCGUACUUCAAUAGAAACCAUUCACUGUAUUCUGUGAAUACCUCAGCAAGCAUAUUACUGUUUAAUUGUAAAUGCUAUGUAUAGAUAGAUAGAUAGACAGAUAGAUAGAUAGAUAGAUAGAUAGAUAGAUAGAUAGAUAGAUAGAAAACAAAACCACAACUGUUUGAUACUCAGCGAAUCUGAAUUGCAGAACUGACACUGUGUAAGGUGGGAGAGAGUAAAAAGCUGUGAACUGAUUAUUACAAUUUUACAUUCAUCAUGCCCAUAUUGCUGAAGCGCACUUGUUCCUGUUCAUUGUUUUAUUUGUUGUAUUUUCUAUCGCAUGCAAUAAGUAAACAAAAAAAGACAAAAAAACGAAACAAAAAAAGAAGAAAAGAAGAGGACACCACCAUAUCAUUAUUUUUUAUCUGAGGGAUGUCUCCGUACCACGAGAAAAGAUAUUGUAUUUUCAGUUCAAACGUCAAGUUCAAUAGUGUGUUCUAUAGAUGUACAAACUGUCUGGCUAAUUCUGUUCUGUAUAGUCGUGUUCACAAACAGGGGUUUAUCUUGUACUGUAUAUCUACUCACUGACUGGACAAUCAUAUGAAGCGUUUUAAGAAACUGUAAAGAAAAUGAUAUAGAAUCUGUUGGGAACAAGAAACUGAACCCUUGGUGCUGGGUCCAAGUCUUACUGGAGCUGUGGAAGCUGGAGUGAGAAAAUAUUUUCCAGGAGAAACUGCUGAUUGACUAUAAAGUACAUAUCUGGACAAAUCUCUUUUUAAUUUCAAUGGAAUUACAUGUAUGUACAAUGGAGGGGGAAAAAACGAUAUGACAAGGAUAUCCAUUAGUUAGAGCUGGUGGGGAAAGCUGUCUUGACUUUUGUCUCGACUUUUGACUCACUGCAGAAUUUUCCGAGUCUCACAGAACAUUGAAUAUUGCUGAAAAUUAAUCAGUAAGAUGGAUAUUAAUAAUUAAUGCAAUGUGACUCUGUGAAUUGCCAUUUCAAACUUUCAAAGCAAAAGCACUCCAAGUACUGAGGAUUUGUUUAGUGUGAUUUUUCCGUACUGUACCUGGCCUUGUUGCUAUGGGGAUAUUUGAAGACUGUUUCCUUUAUUUCCAGAUGCAGUGGAUAAAUGGUUGAAUUCAAUUUGAUCAAGAAAAGACAAACUGCGGGGGUUGCCAUGUAGACUCUAGUUCAGCAUCUGUUUAUUCUCCUCAAACCUCAGUUCUCAGCAGCCUGUUGGGAAUACAACAAACCAAGGAUCUAUAAGAUUUAUAGGUUCUUUGCCCCAACCUGUUUUCAAGUGUCUGCACGCAACUUCGCCCUAUAGUGAAGUGUGAGAAGAAAAAAAAACAAAAAACAAAAAAACAUAGGAUUUACUUUUUUUCCAAAGGUGUACAGUAUGGAAUAUCACUAAACAGACAUUAGAAUAUGUGAAAGAAGAGAGAAAAAAAAAAUCCAAAAGUUGAAGACACAGUGUAUCUGUCUGUUUAAAAAGAAGCUCCAUGUUUAAAUCUAGCUAGGACUUAACAGAUUUGAAUCACUUUUGUAUUUUUGUAUAAACCUGUAAAUAAGUUUUUAAAGAAAAAAAGUUGCAAAUUCUUUCUUUUGUAAAAAACAAAAAAAGACAAUGUUUUUUCAAAGUUUACAUGAUUAAUUCCAAGCCUUUGUAUAUUUUUGAGCUGUGCAACACCUUCAGUCUUGUAUUUAUUUUUUGGGGGUAACAACAUUGUGAAGAUUCCAUUAUUCUAUAUCUUAUUCAUUUUAACAGCUCAUCAGGCUGCUUAGUAACUGUGCAUAGAAAAAGCCAAUAAAUGUGAUUGCGUUG